GUCGACUCCUAAUUGUCCGGUUUUCCCACCAUCUCCGAAACUGCAACUGUCAUUUACAUCCACUCUUGAGUUGACACUGUUCAUAAUCCUUUCGUCCGCUGGGAAUGAUCGACAAUGCUUCACAAUUACAUCAUAUCUUUAGCCUGGCUCUUGGGCAUGGUGCAUACGGCACCCUCGGAUAUCGCCAAACCUCCAGUGUUCUCAAAAACCGAAGAAUAUCCGUUACCGAAUCAAGGUCACCUCAACGUCCAUGACCCCAAUAUCGUGCAAUAUGACAAUAAUUUCUACCUAUUCAAAGGAGGGAUCCAAGUCCCUGUAUUCAAGUCUUCUAGUCUCUCAGGUCCCUGGGCGAAAUUUGGGGCGGUCUUGGCCGGACCCACGGUGAUCGAGAAACAGAACCGGACGCGGCCUUGGGCUCCAACAACAGUUGAGUGGAAAGGAAAGUUCUAUUGUUUCUAUACUGUCAGCCAAAACGGAGUCCGCAAUAGCGCCAUCGGUGUUGCUAGUACGGACUCGAUCGAUAGUGGCUCCUGGACCGAUCAUGGUGGCCUAAUCUACACUGAAAAGGGCCCCUUAUCCCAUGUCUGGCCAUACACGGUAUCCAAUGCGAUUGAUGCAUCGUUCAUAGUGGAUCAACAAACCGGCCAGCCGUACCUAAUGUACGGGAGUUACUGGCAUGGCAUUUUUCAGGUGCCAUUGGCCGAUGACCUAUUGUCCGUCAAGAACCCCGGCAGUCCAGAUGCGAAGAAUCUGGUUUUUUUACCAAAAGGAAAGCCAAAACCAGUUGAGGGAUCUUUCAUGAGCUAUAAGGAACCUUACUAUUACCUGUGGUUCAGUCAUGGACAAUGCUGUCAUUUUGGCAAAGGGUUCCCCGCUAUGGGACAGGAGUAUGGUAUUCGUGUAGGGAGGUCAAAGGAUGUGCGAGGCCCGUUUGUCGACAAGCAUGGAACACAACUCACCGAGGGCGGAGGUACGACGGUCUACGGGUCAAAUCAUGGGAUUGUCUAUGCUCCUGGCGGGCUUGGUGUGUUACCGGCAAACAGCACGGAUCCAGACAUAUUAUACUAUCAUUAUCUUAAUACGAGUGUCGGCUUCCUACACUCGGAUGCCACUUUAGGUUGGAACUAUCUGGAGUACGAGGAUGGCUGGCCCAUAGCAAGAGCGUCCAAGAGCACCGCGCCCAUUCUUCAACCUAAUUACACCUUUGUUGCGCUCGCCUUAUUGUCAGGUUUCCUAUGGACUUAUAGGUGACAUGACGACGUUUCUGAUUCUGAUGAUUACCUGCAUUUACUUAUAUACCCUUUUGCAUGUACAAAAGAAAUGAGCUUUGUCGGAUUGAGAUACCGAUUUCCAUACAGGAAUAGAGGCUCCUGGCCUCAUGUAUAAUCUAUGUUCCGCAAGUGUUGCCGGGCGACAUGCGUGCACAUAUAUCGAGAACGAGAUAUUGGACUUUAUCAUCCUCGCCGCUUAUUCAAGACAGCUAACUCAGG